AUGUUGCCAGCCGUUCGCACAAAAAUACACUGGGAUCAGGUUCUCAACACUGCUUCGUCGCUCAGAGACCAAUCUUGCGCCUCUUCGGACCGCCACGAGUUCUUCGGCACAUCGUUUACCGCAUUGCAUUUGAGGAUGACACAUGCUGGGCAACUUAAUAUCUCUUACGAAAACAUUCCUGUCGAGACGAUGCGAUACGUCAAAAACAUUUUGCCUGAGACGCCAAUUGCCACUUGGUCGGACAGCGAGGAUGGCGAUGGAGCAGGUCGAUUCAAACCACCACCACCACCACUCCUGACUAGCUCUCGCCUUCCUCUAAUUCUCCUAUGGAUCUCGCCUUUCCUCGGAUGUUCGCCUCCUCAUGCCACUCCUCAUGCCUACGCAUUACAGCCUAGGCGAGCCAACCAUUCCCGUUCCCCAAGUCAGGUAUCGCCACGGUCACAUCUCCUAUUGUGUGGUGGCCAUGAGCCUAAGCGUAGUAAAGUAGCCGCAUCCCUUGCCUGGGACUGCCACUGGAUGAAGGUUGACUUGGUUUCAACAUGGUGCCCAAGUGGCUUUGUCUGUCUUGCGGCGCGUUUGGUCUCAUCGAUGCACGGUGCUUUCAAUUCUGGCGGCGUCUUUCAUCCGACGGCGAUCUUUUCUCUAAGCGUGGUGUUUUUGACUUGGCGGGCCCAUGCGCUUAUUAACAACCACUCGCUGCGCCACACAUGUCCUAAAGCAUCCUGGGUACUGGUGUUACCCAGGUGUGGAAAGUCGCCCCUUCAUGGGGGCGUGGGCAGGCAGAUGCGUGAUUGCACACCUGGACGAUUGUUGGGGGCCUUCCUCGAAGGUCUCAGGCAUCAUCUCACCAGACGUGGCACCGCUGACAACGGUGAAGCGGCGAUGCGGAUGCUUCAACUCUGGGUUCCACUCCAAACACCUCCAACCGCAUCUCUACGCGCUUUACCUUUGGCCAGCGUGUUACAUUCUUGA